AUGAAAAAUUAUACAAUUGAAGUUGGCCCUGAACAGCCUAAUGGUGGAAGAAUUAGAAGAAAUAUUUCAGCAGCUGAUGGUAUCCUUCGUGUUCCUACAGUUGAUGUUCAUACGCUUUAUGAUGUGUUUCAGUAUGGUGUAAAGAAAUAUCCUAAUAACAAUGUGUUUGGCUACCGUACAUUAGAGACAAUGGUAGAAGAAGAGAAAGAAAUAACAAAAGUAAUAGAUGGUGUUGAAACCAAAAUAAUGAAAAAAUGGAAUUAUUUUCAAUUAUCCGGAUAUCAAUAUGUAACAUUUUCUGAAGCAAAUGAAAUGGUUUAUAAUAUUGGCGCAGGAUUUUGUUUCCUUGGUUUACAAGAAAAAUCAAAAGUCGAGAUAUUUGCACCUACAAAUAUGUAUUGGCUUUUGACAGCUCAUGGACUAUUUUCACAAAAUAUGACAAUUGUUACAGCCUAUGACACAUUAGGCGUGGAAGGUUUAUUGCAUUCUAUGAAUGAAACUGAAGUUGAAGCUAUUUUUACUUCUGCAGAACUAUUAACAACGGUUCUGAAGGUAGUCGGUCAAUGUCCUUCACUUCAAAUGGUUGUUUAUAAUGGCGAUGCAAAACCUGAACAUUUAGAUAAAUUUACUCAAUAUAAUAUAAAAGUCCUAUCUAUACAAGAGGUUAUGGAACUUGGAAAGCAACAUCCUGUUGAACCUCGUGAGCCUGAGCCUGAAGACUUGUGUUGUAUCAUGUAUACCUCAGGAAGUACUGGUAAUCCUAAAGGUGUCAUACUUUCACACAAAAAUAUUGUAGCAGCAGUUGCUUCUGCAAAUGGAUUAUUGGGAAAAUAUAUUAGUUAUAAAAAUGACACAAUGAUGGCCUAUCUACCACUAGCUCAUGUCUUUGAAUUUGUUGUUGAAAAUACAUGUCUCUUUUGGGGUGUCACUUUAGGUUAUGCAUCUGUUCGAACUUUAACAGAUGCGUCAGUUAGAAACUGUAAAGGUGAUAUAAAAGAAUUCGCUCCUACGUUUAUGAUUGGUGUUCCUGCUAUAUGGGAAUCAAUUCGUAAAGGGAUCUUGUCAAAACUUCAAACUUCUUCUCCUAAUGCUCAAGCACUUUUUACGAAAGCCUUUAAUACUAAAUGUUGGUUUCUUGAACGAGGUUUAUCGACUCCUCUAUUAGAUCGACUUGUAUUUAGUAAGAUUAGGGAGCAAUUAGGUGGAAGAUUAAAGUUAGCCAUCUCAGGUGGUGCUCCCUUAUCAUUAGAAACACAAAAAUUCUUGACUGUCACAGUAUGUCCUAUUCUUGGAGGAUUUGGCAUGACAGAAAGUUGCAGUGUUUGUUCUGUUAUGACGCCUGAACAAUAUGGCUAUGGUCAUGUUGGAGCUCCUGGCUCAAGUUGUGAAAUUAAACUUGUAGAUGUUCCUGAAGCCAACUAUUUCUCAACUAAUGAAAAGCCUCAAGGUGAAGUUUGGAUUCGUGGCCCUUCAGUCACAAAAGGUUAUUGGAAGCGUGAAGACCUUACUCGUGAGACAAUAUCUGAUGGAGGAUGGCUUCAAACAGGUGAUAUUGCUGAAUGGAAUGAAAAUGGCACUUUAACCAUCAUUGAUCGUAAGAAAAAUUUGGUCAAGCUAAGUAAUGGUGAAUACAUAGCCCUUGAACGGUUAGAAUCUAUUUACAAGAGUUGUAUCUAUGUCAACAAUAUUUGUAUAUAUGCCGAUUCGCUUCUACCUCGUCCAGUAGCUCUUAUUGUGCCUAACGAAAAAGAAAUCAAAUAUCUCGCAGGAUUAAAGAAUAUACAAGAAGAAGAUUGGGAUUUGUUAUGUCAGAAUUCCAUUAUAAAACAAGUAGUGCAUAAAGCGGUAAAUGAACAAGCAAAGAUAGCUAAUCUUAAACCUGCAGAAAUACUUUUCGAUAUUUAUUUGUGUGCAGAAGAAUGGACAACUGAAAAUGGUAUGUUAACAGCAGCACAAAAAAUGAAAAGAAAGGAGGUUACUGAGCAAUAUAAAACAGCUCUAAAUGAAAUGAAUAAACUUCAGUCUGUUUAA